GUUGCGCAGACUCGUUUGCGGAAAUGGCGGACCCCGUGUUUUGGCGGUUCUUUGGAGUUUCGAUUUGUUUUUUAUUAGGAAUUUCUUCCAUCGUUUCAGCAGACAAAGUUAUUCAGUUGAGUGAAGACAACUGGAAACAGAUUCUURAUGGAGAAUGGAUGAUUAAAUUUUAUGCUCCUUGGUGUCCAGCAUGUCGGCAUGUAGCUCCAACAUGGUCGGCAUUUGCUGUCAAAGGAAAACAGCUUGACAUCAAUGUUGCAGAAGUAGAUGUGACCACGCAAUCAGCCUUAAGUGGCAGGUUCUUGGUGGCAUCUUUACCAACUAUAUAUCAUGUWAAAGAUGGAUCCUUUAGAGUUUAUGCUGGUUCAAGAUCUCUUGAUGAAUUUGUCGACUUUGUGAAGGAAUCAAAAUGGAGUGAGAUUGAACCUAUUCCUUCUUGGAAGUCUCCAGGGUCAUAUCUAAUGGGUGGCCUUGGCUUAAUUUUUAAAGUUUCUAUUUCACUUAAGAAUCUUCAUGACCAUUUCACUACUACCUAUGGUCUACCUGUGUGGGCAUCUUUUGUUAUAUUUGGUGUUGCAACAAUCUUGGCAGGAAUUAUUCUAGGAGUCGUUACAGUGUAUGCAACAGACUAUUUUUUUGACAAACCACAACCUCGUCCWCCUCAAACUGGUCCAGUGACAAAGUCUAGUGUUGAAGAGACUGAUGAUGCCCCAAAUGAGAAUGCAGAACCAGAGGAGGAGAAAAAUGAAGAGGCAGAGGAGGAGAAAAAUGAAGAAUCAUCCAUUAGAAAGAGGAAAAUCCAAGCAACAACAGAUUGAACGUUAUAAGCAGUGAUAAGUUUCAUAUGUUAGAAUUAUUGUAUUGGAGCUGUGUAUCAUUAUUUUUGUUAAAGCUGAAGUUUUGCAUUCAAGUCAUUUAGCACACAGUUGCGCGAACAAUAUCUKCAUGUAUUUUCCUAAAAUUUUGUGAACAAUGAGAGAAACUAAAGACAACUCUGGUUAUYGUGGAUAAAAAGUUUUUUUGUAGGUUUCUUACGUUAAAUUUGUUUUUAUUAAAUAACAUCUUUAAAACAUGA